AUGGCAAAGAACAUUCUAGUUACAGGUGCAACAGGCAAGCAGGGCGGUGCUGUAAUCGACGCUCUAGCAAACAACCCAGAGUUCACUCUCCUCGCACAAACCCGCAAUGCCACAGGCAGCGGCGCAGAAAAGCUAGCCGCGAAAGCCAGCAAUAUUAAAGUUGUCCAGGGCGAUCAAGACGACGUCCCAGGCCUCUUCAAGAACGCACAAGCAGCAGCUCCAGGUGGGAUCUGGGGUGUCUACAGUGUGCAGGUGUCACAGGGCAAGGGUGUGACGCACGAUGGCGAGAUCAAGCAGGGCAAGGCUAUGAUCGACGAGAGUGUGAAGGCCGGUGUCAAGCACUUUGUGUACGGCAGUGUGGAGAGGGGUGGUGACGAGGCGAGCUGGAAGACCGAGACGCCUAUCCCGCAUUUCCAGAGCAAGUAUGUCAUUGAAAACUACCUGAAGGAGAAGGCGGGUGGUAUGGGAUGGACUGUUCUCAGGCCUGUGGCUUUCAUGGACAAUCUUGCGCCCGGCUUCCCCACCCAAGUCUUCAUGGCUGCUAUGCGUGACACCCUCGGCACCAAGCCCAACCAAUGGAUAGCAACCCACGACAUCGGUGUUUUCGCCUCCCUCGCAUUCAAGGACCCGAAGACCUACAACCACCGCGCCCUCGGCCUCGCAGGCGACGAGCUCACAUCUCAGCAAUUAAGCCAAGCAUUCAAGAAUGCUACAGGUCAGCCAAUGGACGGCACAUUCUGGUUCCUAGGCAGCUUCCUGAAGUACAUGGUAGCUGAGCUCGGGGUCAUGAUCAACUGGUUCGGAAGUGAUGGAUACAAGGCUGAUAUUGCGGCGAGGAAGAAGGAGCACCCGGGAUUGAUGGAUAUGGAGACCUGGAUCAAGACGAAGAGUGCCUUCACUACGCAGACGUAA